AUGGCUAACAACAACAGUCAGAACACUUCAAACUCGCAACAAAUUCAGUACAAUAGCUUUGGUGUGCCCAUCCAACCUCAACAGGUUCAACCGAGAGACAAAACGCAACAGUCAUCCUUGGAGUCAGAGAAGAGACAGAAAAAAGGCACACCGAAACGUAAGUCGAUGGAAAACGAACGAGAGAAACACAAAGCCGAAUAUGAAAAGUCGGGAGUAUGUAUUGCAUUAUAUUUUCUUUUAACACAAUUCGGAUCCAAAGCAAAAGCAGUAGAUGAAUUAGAACGUGACGCCCAAAAUAUACGUACCAAUAUCAGUGCGUUAAUGAGCAAAGUACAAUCCAAAGUAAACAAGCCUAUACAAGUAACGCCGCCACCGCCGACAACACAACAUCCGCAACCACAAAUGUUACAACUGCCAGCAACAGAACAACCACACCACGGCUUCUUUACCUCCUCAAUGUUGAAUAAACUCACAUAUAUAAUAUUAUUUCCUUUUAAUUUCUUAUUAGAUUUAAUAAGAUCAUUAUACAGUUCAAUUAAUUGGACUAUGUUAUUAUUUUGUGUAUUAUUAAUGGAAUUAACGAUAAUUGGUUUAAUUUGGACAGUCAAAAGAUCGCAAAAUACAUACCUGUACGUUGAACCGUACGAGCCAGUUGUACAUGGAACAUUUGGAGUCGACCAAUCUAUGUCCUUGGGAAUAGUUUGUUCGGUCGUCAAUUCGAUAAGGGACUUUGUAGCAGAGGUGAUGAAUGGAGGUCGCGGGUUCGGCAGUCCAAGUUACGAUGGCUUCGUGCCGAUAUAA